GCACAACCAGGACUUGUGGUGGGAGCACAACCAGUACUUGUAGCAGGGUACAACUAGUACUUGUGGUGAAGGCACAACUAGGACUUGUGGACUUGCAGUGGGAACCACAUGGACUUGCAUUGGGAACCAGCAGUGGUAGCACUACCA